AUGGAACAAAAACGCAGAAGAACAAUACUUAUUGUCAUUGCAACAAUUAUUGUUAGUAUUCAACAAAAUGAACUCAAUAAAACUAAUCGAGAUAAUGACUUAGAAAUAGCACAAAAGCAGUGUAAACACGAUUUAUACAUUAGUAAUCAGACUCGAGAACAAUACCGUGAAUUAAGUACACUACAGCGACAACAAGAACAAUUUUUAGAUGAUCAACAACGACAGGAAAGUUUAGUUGGCAAUUAUAUACGUGAAAUAUCUGAGUUACUUUUAUCGAUUAGUUUUACAUUAACAAAUAAAAUCCGAGAAAAUAUUAUUCGACCACAAACAUUAGCUGUUUUGAGACAAUUAGAUGGUAAAAUGAAAACGUAUGCUAUUUUAUUUUUAUGUGAAUCUACAUUGUUAAUCGAUGGCAAGCAUUCAGUUUAG